UGUUGUUGGUUGUUUUAUAAUAAAGUCUGGCACCAAACCCUCGACAUUGCAAACUUACUCCCUUAUUCACUCUCAUGGUGCUUCCACUCCUGGAUCUCACUCUCGUUGUCACUCGCAACUCUCCGCGGCGUGCAAGGAUGAGUACGAAGUGCACGACUUGAGCGAGGAGUAGGCGUGUGUACGCGGUGUGCCGCAAGUACGGGCUCUCACGUUUUGAGUCUCGCCAUCAUGAGUGGAUGCACAACCACUUGUUUCUCGCUUACCCUGAUCUCGAUCCCGGCCAGUUCUCCGCCCUCCGUGCCGCCAACAUUAGCACUGAGAAGCUCGCCUGCGUUGCAGUCCGCAGUGGCCUCCACCACUACGUCCGCCACAAUGCCCAUCCCCUCAUUGACCAGGUCAAGUGCUUCGUCGAUGCCGUCAAGCUCGAGAUUCAGCUUGUCGCUACGGCGGAUCCGUCAAGGCGCCCAAGGUCCUCGCCGAUGUCGUCGAGUUCGUCACCGCCACGAUUUAUGUCGAUGUCAAUUUCAACCUUUAGAAACUAUGGGUGGUAUUGUAUCUUUUAUCAGAAUUCAUCAUCUUUUUUUCUUUCAGAAACUAUGGAUGUAUGUGACCAUGCAGACUCCAACAUUGCUAUUAUGAUGGCUGGAAACUUUGAUGCAGCCAUUUUCAAGAUGGGGUUUUGGUUUUGGUGAUUUCUGAAACCAUUUUUUAUUCCCUAAGGCUUUGUUCUUAUAUGCGCAAGUUGUAUUAAGGUUACGAGUUUGUGAAUACUAAGAAUUUGAAAAUGAGUUUCUAAUGAGGGAAUUGAAAAUGAAUUAGUUGGUGAAUUCGGGAUUGCAUUGUUUCUCUAUGGAGUUUUAUGUUAUACUUUUAUUUUUGUUUUUUUUACUAAUUUUGUGUUUGUAAUCAUGUUCAGAUGGAUAUUGUACAGAUUUAAGAUUGGGGAGAAGACCU